AUGAUCAGGGCACUCUUAUCAGAAACCUAUCUAUCGGUCAGGGUACGAGACAAGUGCUCUAAACCAUUUGAAACAACAUCUGGAACACCUCAAGGGGAUCCGUUAUCUCCUAUACUGUUUGUUAUAUAUCUGGAAGCUGCAUUGAGAGAACUAAAACCAUACUAUGAAAGAAAGAUCAAUUUGGUGGAAUACGCAGAUGACGUGGAUUUUAUUUCUUCCGACAGGGACCCUCUGGAAAGCCUACUGGAGGUGAUGCUAGAUAGACUUGCUGAGUGGUUCCUCAAUGUAAAUGUGGAAAAAACAAAAUUUACUGAACUAGCAAGACAGAAGUCUAAGCUGGACAAACAUUGGAGAAAAGUAAAGAAACUCGGAUCUCUAUUGGGUGACGAACAAUACGUGAUUAUGCGAAAAACACAUGCAAACAGUGCACUACGCAGCUUAAAGGAAAAUUGGCUAAAACGCAAAGGACUCGGCACAAAAACACGGAUACGACUAUACAAUUCAUUAGUGAAGCCUAUACUCUUAUAA